ACUUCAAUUUUCCGGGUGUUGGUCCAAACGGCUGGCAAUCUUCUUCGGCAGUGAAGCUAGUUCUGAAUGUAAGAAAAACGCUUUAGGUUAAUCCCAAAGAAGAUAAAAUGCCUUUCCUAAUAUUGAGGGAGAUAAAGGCAACCAACUUGCCUGCCGUCGACAAGAAAGGCAAAGGAAAAAGUGACCCGUACGCCAGUUUGGAAUUUCAAGGGGUAAAGAAAAAGACAGAAGUGAUUAAAGAUGAGCUGAACCCAGUGUGGAACGAGAAAUUUGAAUGGGAUUUAGGCACUCAGCCACUUUCUGUAGAGGAAAAUUUGAUCGUUCAUGUCAAGGAUUGGGAACGCAUCGGAAGAAAUCGGCUUCUUGGCACAGCCACCGUCCCCCUGAAAGACCUUGUCAAGGACAGUAGCCAUACCAUGCAGGCUGAUGUCAAUCUGCUAGAUGGUAGUAACAGGAUGACACAGGCAAAGUUGUCUCUGCGUUUGGAGUAUAUUCCUCCCAAACCAGCCAAGGGGGUUGAAGGAGACAUCAUACCAACAGACGAAACAGAUCUGGGUACAGAGCAAGGUGAUGAAUUUGGAUUAGAAGAAGAAGGCAUGGAUGAUGUGGAAGGAGGAGGUGCUGAGGGUGUGAAUGAUGCAGUCAGGAAAAAGCGUAGAAGGAGAAGAACUGCCAGGCACAAGUUGUCCAACAAACCUCAAGACUUUCAGGUUCGUGUACGAAUCAUGGAGGGUCGCCAGCUGUCUGGCUCCAACAUAAGUCCUGUUGUCAGAGUUCUAGUUGCGAACCAUACUCGCCAGACAAAAGUCAAACAUUCAACAAACAAGCCCUUCUAUGAUGAGACAUUUUUCUUCAAUUUUCAAAUGUCACCAUUGGAAUUAUUUGAUGAAAUAAUCAGCUUUGAGGUUUUUAAUUCAAGAAAACUGAGAGCCAAUGCCAUGAUUGGUUACUUUAAGAGUGACAUUGGUUUUUUCUAUGAUGAGCCAUCCCAUGCUGUUGUACGGAAAUGGGUUCUACUCACUGAUCCUGAUGACAAGAUGGCUGGGGUUAAGGAUGAAGAUGAGGAUGAUGAGCAGCCUGACACAGGAAAAUCACGUGGGGCAUCUGGACGGAGAAGUGGUGGAAUUCCAGCAGGUUAUCUCAAAGUAACUGUCAUGGUUUUGGGGCCUGGUGAUGAAGCUCCGUCUUCCUCUAAAGGUGCAACAGAGAAUGACACAGAUGAUAUUGAAUCGAACUUGUUGCAGCCCUCUGGUGUGAUGUUACGACCAGCUGUCUUCUCCCUGAAAGUAUACAGAGCUGAAGACAUUCCUCAAAUGGAUUCUGGAUUCUUUGAAGGUGUAAAGAGAGUUCUUCAUGUUGGCGAGGAACAGAAAGAAUUGGUUGAUCCCUACCUUGUCUUCAAUUUUGCUGGAAGGAAGUCAAAGACAAGAGUACAUUACAAUUCAGAUCAUCCAGAGUUCAACACAGAACUCAAUGUACAAUUCAAGUUCCCCUCAAUGUGUGAGAGGCUAAAACUUCAGAUAUUUGAUUGGGAUCGAUUGACAGCAGAUGAUUGUAUUGGAACAGCUUAUUUGCCAAUUUCCGCUAUUUCUGGACAAGGCGAUGAUGGCUUUCUCCCUUUGUUUGGUCCUAGUUACAUUAAUUUCUAUGGCUCGACAAGAGAGUACUCCGACUUGCCUGAUGAAUACGAUGACUUGAAUCUUGGAAUUGGUGAAGGAGUUGCUUACAGAGGAAGGGUGUUAGUGGAGCUGGAAACCAAACUGGGACCGUCAUCAAAGGAGGUUGCCGAAGACCUACAAAGUCAUGAGAUCAUCCGAGUACAGCCGUACUUACGCAGGCGUAAGUUUAAGUUGUUUGCCUGCUUCCUGGAGGCAACGAUGAUAGCAUCCACAGACGGACCAUUGGAGUUUGAAGUUAGCAUAGGAAAUUAUGGCAACAAGCUUGAUCAGUCAGUUCCUCCAUCGUCUUCCACUACUCCACCCACCAACGCUGUUUACGAUGGCUGUUACUACUAUUACCUUCCAUGGGGAGACACCAAACCUUGUGUGUGCGUGGAUAGUCACUGGGAAGAUAUUUCCUUCAGACUGGACAACUUGAAUAUCUUAACUAGAAUGUGUGAGCGAUUGGAAACGAACAUGGAGAAAGUUCAGCUUAGUCUGGAAGCAAAUGCGCCAACAGCCGAAACAGCCUCACUUUUGAUAGCUUUGUUAGAUCAGCUGAUCAAUGAUUGCAGGAGACCACUUCCUAAGAUUGACAGUUCCACUCCUGGUGUCAACGAGUUAGACCUUAAGAUUCAAGACACAAGAAUUUUGGAGAAGCUGGCCAUCAUGGAGGAGGCAACCAAGCUACGUGAAAGUGCGACGGAUGUUGCUGAAGCCAUGGCAGAAAUUGAGGGUUACAUGCAGAGAUUGAAAGAUAUUUCUGUUGAGCCCCAGAACAGCAUGCCGGAUGUGGUAAUAUGGCUAAUCAGUGGUACCAAGCGAAUUGCUUCGUUCCGUAUCCCAGCUUAUGAGGUGUUGUUCUCACCUCAGUUUGAUGCCUGUGGUCAGAACUGUGGCAAGGUCCUCAAUAUGUUCAUGAAGUACCCAGGAAAGAAACAAAUGAACCUUGAAGACUUUCCAGAAGUCCCUGCCCAUGUUCGAAUGAUAGUCUGGUUGGGGCUCGAGAAACAUCAGGAGGAUUGGACCAACAGGGAACAGACAGAGGGAGACUUCUGCGUCUACGCAGAGACGUAUGAGAAUCAAAUGAAUGUUCUUGGUACUUGGACCUCCAAGGGACUUCCUCGGCCGUCUUGGUCAAACGCACGGGGAGAUUUAAGAUUGUAUCAGGAGUAUUUUGUCACUCCUCCCGGCUGGCGCUUUGAAGGAGACUGGUUCGUGAACCCAGAGCUAAGCAUGACUUAUGACCGAGACAGUGGUCACAAGAGCUUUCUAGAAGAUGUGUUUGAAAACGAGUCUCGUCUCCCUGGUGGCAGCUGGGGACCUUCCUCUGUGCCCUGGACGGAUGUGCGUGGUGAUGCUGUGACAGCCAGGGAUGAGUUAGUGUGUCCAGAAGAAUGGGAGUGGACCUCAGAUUGGACAGUCGACUUAAACCGAGCCGUGGAUGAAGAUGGUUUUGAGUACACUGUGGAAGCCACAUUUGGUGGUUAUGGACCCGUGGAGAAGACGUACCACUUGUGUCGGCGAAGAAGAUGGGUCAGAAAUAGAGUGUUAGUGACAGAUGCUAAAAUGGAACAAGAACAGAUCCGAGCUGAACAGCUCGCUAAGGAAGGGUGGGAGUAUUCACCAGUGUUCAACAUGAAGUUUCAUGCCAAGGAGCGUAAAAUGGAUCUGGUGCGGAGAAGAAGAUGGCAUAGAAAAAUGGUGCAAGAGGAUCCCAGUGCCCCCGCGGUCUUCCAUAUUGAUGUCGGCGAUGGUGAUGAUGAUAAGGAACAAGAGACGAUGAUGAAUGCGCCAAGAAUGUUCAUAACAUUUGACAAGCCGCACAAGUACCAGCUGAGGGCCUACCUUUACCAAGCGCGUGAUCUAUUGGCAUCAGAUGCCGAUGGCUUCUCAGACCCUUAUGCACGAAUUGCAUUUGGUACCCAAAGCCAAGUGACAGAAAUCCUUACACGGACAAUUUGUCCUACGUGGGAUCAAACGCUGAUAUUUGAAAAUGUUCAGAUUUAUGGCAGUAUCGACAAAGUUGCAAAUAACCCACCGGAAGUCAUCAUCGAGCUGUUUGACAAGGACCCAGUGGGUCAAGACGAGUUUAUGGGUCGAUGUGUGAUUAAACCACUGGUGAAGAUGAAUGGACAAGGGCCCCCAGCACCAAGACUGUUGUGGUAUGAUGUCACACGAUGCGGAGAGGAAGCUGGCGAGAUUCUGGCUGCCUUUGAGCUGUUUUUGGACGAAGGUGCAGAUUUACCAUUUGCUCCACCGAUGAAAGGAUCGUUGUUUCUUGUGCCUAAUGGAAUCAGACCUGUUAUGCAGCGUACAGCUAUAGAGGUACUAUGCUGGGGCGUACGGAACAUGAAGAGGUAUCAGCUGGCAAGUGUAGCUUCACCCAGCAUCGAGUUUGAGUGCGGUGGACAUGUUGUUCAUUCAACAGUCAUCAAGAACACACAGAAGAAUCCCAAUUUUGAUCAGCCAUUGUUCUUCUUCGACGUGUACCUGCCUAAGGAAGAGUUGUACACCCCACCAAUGAAUAUCAAGGUUCACGACAACCGAUCUUUCGGCCGCAAACCUGUCGUCGGGAUUCAUUCCAUGAAGUCCAUGAAGAAAUUUCGUUGUGAACCCGCCAGUAUGGAUGAACCUGCAGACCUUCCUAUAGCGGAGAGUGAGUCUGGCAGACAUGGCUCAUCUCACAUUAUGGACAUCAAGGAGGAGCAGAAGAAAGGAAGUGAACAACAAGACGAGGACAUCGAUUGGUGGUCCAAGUUUUAUGCCUCUGUGGGUGAUGUUGACAAAGCCGGUGUGUAUCUUGAAAAAGGAUUUGACAAGAUCAUGGUCUACGAUACAGAGCUGGAGAAGGUUGAAGUAUUCAACGGCUUCCAGGACUUUGUAGAAACAUUUUUCAUCCACCGAGGAAAAGUGAAGUCCAAAGCUGAAGAGGAGGAGACAAUUGUAGGGGAAUUUAAGGGAUCUUUUCGAAUUUAUCCUCUGCCAAGUGACCCGAACUCUCCUUUGCCGCCUAAGAUUCUACGGAAACUGCCGCCUAGUCAGCCAGUGGAGUGUAUCAUCAGAGUAUACGUUAUACGAGCUUUAGACCUUCAGCCUCAAGACACUAGUGGCCUGGCUGAUCCCUAUCUUGUCGUACAUCUGGGAAAGACUAAGGUCUCUGACAAGGAUAGCUAUGUACCAAACAAUCUGAACCCCUUGUUUGGAAAGAUGUUUGAACUGACCGCCACCAUUCCCAUCAUCAAGGACUUACGCAUUAGCGUCAUGGACUAUGACGUUAUCGGCCGAGACGAUCUGAUCGGUGAGACUACAGUGGAUUUGGAGAACAGAUUCUUGUCUCGUUUCCGUUCCACUUGCGGAUUGCCUCAGACGUAUUGCACGUCGGGUCCAAACCAGUGGCGUGACUCUCAGACGCCACGUCAGAUCUUAGAGUACUGGUGUGAGCUGAACAGCUUAGGUAAACCUCAGUUCCUUGGGAACACGCAGCUGGUGCUGGACGGAAAGGUUUACAAUUUGCAGGAGUUCGAGGAAGGAAUGCUGUUCCAUCCCCACUUGGGUCCACCUGACCAGCGCUUGGCAUUACACGUGUUAAACUCCAUGCCGGUAGUACCUGAACACGUCGAGACCAGAGCAUUGUAUAACUCACUCCAACCUAACAUCGAGCAGGGUAAGCUUCAGAUGUGGGUUGACAUUUUCCCGAAGCAUAUGGGAAUCCCAGGCUCACCUUUUGAUGUUAAUCCUCGCAAACCUGGAAACUAUGAAUUGAGAGUAAUUAUUUGGAACACAAGUGAUGUGAUCUUGGACGAAACAUCAAUAACUGGAGAGAAAAUGAGUGAUAUUUACGUGAAAGGAUGGAUCGCUGGGAUUGACGACUCACAGAAAACUGAUGUGCAUUACAGGUCUCUGGACGGCGAAGGAAACUUCAACUGGCGUUUUGUAUUCCCAUUCAUGUUCCUCGCUGCGGAGAAAGUCCUGGUUGUUAGAAAGAAGGAACACUUUUGGAGUUUAGACGAAACAGAAGAACGUGUCCCUCCGCGCCUAGUCAUCCAAAUUUGGGACAAUGACAAGUUCUCUGCGGAUGACUUCUUAGGUCAGUUAGAGCUGAAUCUGAACCGUAUGCCCAAGCCAGCCAAGAGUGCCAGGAGGUGUAGUCUGCAGCAGAUACCCUCAUACGAGGAAGGAAGAGCCAGCAGCAGUGUAGAGACGGUGUCCUUGUUUGAGUCGAAGAGAGUAUACGGUUGGUGGCCUUGUGUGGCUCAGGAGGCAGGCGAAGAGAUGCAAUUAACGGGUAAAGUAGAAAUGGCCUUGGAGUUGUUGACCCACGACGAAGCUGAAGGAAAACCGGCUGGCAAGGGGAGAGAUGAACCAAAUCAGAACCCGACGUUAGACGAACCUAAUCGCCCAGCAACCUCGUUUCGGUGGUUCACAUCCCCUCUGAAGACCUUACGGUACAUUAUAUGGAGAAACUACAAAUGGAUCAUUAUUGGAGUACUUAUCACUCUACUGAUCGUGGCCGCCAUUGUUAUCUUCCUGUAUUCCAUGCCGGGAUACUCGGUGAAGAAGAUAUUCAACGUUUAAAUCGUCCCCUACGACGGAAAACUAACACAGCUCAAUACAAAGUCUAAUUUGUCGAAUUUAUACUACUAUUUCAAAGAAUGAAAUGUUAAUAGGAUUAAUAUAUUGGGAGUGAAUCUUCAGUAUUAUGUUAAUCAGAAAAAAUUAGUGGGAGAUGCAAUGCAAUGACAAUUGAAUAGCUAUUACGUAAUUAUCAAAAGUUAUGGAAAUAUGUUUGAACCUUUGUUCAAAUUGUUAGGUAGCAUAAUGAUGAUUGCAUAACUGGUCAUAUGUUUGUUAACCUAGUUACUCUUAUAUAUGCCCUACGUAAUGUUUUGACUCCUUUAUACUGGUGGCAUAGCUUUCAGUGGAAUCACUUAGGUUAAAAAAGGGUGCUUAGGAGUCUUUUCAGAGAAUUAUUUGAUUUUGCUUCAUCUAUUUGUUUGAUUUGCUUGUUUUCAAUGUGAAGCGACUGUUUCUUUCUUCUCGUGUUCCAUGCAUUUGCAUUAUCCAAUUGAGGUUUGAGAUGUAAAUUCGGUAAAAACGUAGAGUAUUCGCCUUUUGCGUAGUUUUGUUUACUCUAGAAAUAGCGGGCGAAUAGAAAUAAUGUGUCUAACAUUUUGUCGCUGGCGAUGAAUCCCUUUCUGUAUUUGACCAGUAGACAAUGGAACAUGUAGGAAUGAAAGGGAAUUUCACAUUAAAAAUUUUUUUUCAAUGUAUUGUUGAAUGCUGAAACCAGCUGGUUUCUUAGGUAGUGGUCUAUUUUGCUCUCCCAUGGUAAACUAUCCGUCACGCAAUCUCCAACUUUUUUACGUGACAUCCCUAUCAAAUGUCACGCAUCAAAAAUAUUUUAGGAGAGCGUGACGCUUAAUGUGAGGCCAUGUUACAAAAUGGGUCAAGUUAGCAUGUUAAAAGAGGAAAAAAUACUUUGACAGUUUCAAAGGACAAAGUUAAUCUUUUAGAACUGCUACUUGUCUAGCAAUGUUUAGUAGUGCGAACGGAUAACUCAAGUAUAAUAGUAUUAAACAUAAGCUGAUAUGACAUGAAUUCUUCCUUGGAAAAUUUUGAAAUAUAGCAUUUGACAAUGAGUCCUUAGGUUAGCCGCGGGAAUGAAUAUAUUAUUGAGAAAAUGUAAUUAAUCUUUGUGGAUACAAUUCCUUUUCUCAAGUUAAUUUCUUAAGCGUUGUUAUUAAUUGAUACAUCCAUUCUGGAUGGGUGCGACAAUUGUUUGCAUUUUGUUAAAUAAUCAAUUAUUUUUUCAUUUGAAUAUUGCUUAACUAAGAACUAUCUGAGAUAGAAGGGUGUUAGCUUGUAGCUUCAAUAAAUAGGAUUUGUGCUCUCGAAUCAGAAA